AUGAAGACCAAGAGCCGGCCCCCCCGGCGCCGGGCGCCCCCGCAAGACCCAGAGGCCACCCCAGGGCAGCGGGCGCCCGACAGGCCGCCGCCGGGCUCGGGGCCGGACGCGGCCAAAGCUCUGCGGAGCCGGACGUCGCGGGCGCAGGCGUCGCGGGCGGAGGGCGGGCGCCGGCGGCCGGGGCCGGGGGGCCGGCGGGAGAGCAGCGUCCAGCGGCGGCUGGAGAGCAACGAGCGCGAGCGACAGCGCAUGCACAAGCUCAACAACGCCUUCCAGGCGCUGCGCGAGGUCAUCCCGCACGUGCGCGCCGACAAGAAGCUCUCCAAGAUCGAGACGCUCACGCUGGCCAAGAACUACAUCAAGUCGCUGACCGCCACCAUCCUGACCAUGUCCAGUGGCCGCCUCCCGGGCCUGGACGGGCCGGGGCCCAAGCUCUACCAGCACUACCACCAGCAGCAGGCGGCCGGGGGCGCGCUCGGGGCCGCGCUCGGGGCCGCCGAGGCCCCGCCCGAGGGCCACCUGCAGAAAUACUCCACGCAGAUCCACAGCUUCCGCGAGGGCUCCUAG